AUGCACUCCCUAAGGCGAAAGAUUGGUGCAUCGAUGGAGAUAAAAAGAAAAAGCAAAGAAGUGUUGCCAGUGUUGUUUACAACGGUUCAAAAAACCUAUACUUCAAUUGACUGGCUCGAGUUUCUAUCACAAGUGUCUCCAGUCGGAGUUCACCGUCUUUUUCAAGAUGAUACUUUUAUGGUUAAAGCUCCACCCACCGAGAAUCUGAUAAAGCUUGAUGCCGUGCUCAGAGAUGCUUCAAAGACAGUUUUUUCCAAUCUUGUUAUGACAGGUUACAUCAAAUCUUGGUUGGAUUGGAUGGAUAAACGAUUUGCAGCUCUCGCAGCUAGAGCUGAAGGAAAGCAACGAAGGACUGAACAGUGUUUCAGCUGGGUCAAAGGACACUUCAAUCAAGCAUUGCAUGCAGCCCAUGCUCGAUUCGUCAAUGCACAUCAAGCGAACAGAGUUCUCACGGAUAUUUCCGAUAAUUUGCGAAAUGCUUUCAUACAAAUGGUUAACGAAAAGCGGAACUGGACAAACAAUACAAAAGAGGCUUUGAUACGAAAAAUGCGUAAAAUGGGAAGAAAUCUUGGCUUCAGCGAUUUAGCAUUGGGAAAUUUGGAAGAUUUGGACUAUCUUUACAGUGAGUAUAUUCAAGUGGCAAGCCCAGAUGGCUUAAAAUUUCUGGAGAUUGAAAACAUGUUCGAAAGAAUUUCGCUGGAGUAUGAAUACGGCUCAUUAAAUAACGCUACCGUCUCUGGGAAAGAUGCGAAGAGGAGGGAACGAAUAAUGUACGCUUUCAAUGCUGGCUACGAUGCUCGACACAAUAAAUUUCAAAUUGGGACAACCUUGCUACAGUUUCCCGCAUUUUCUUAUAGUCUUCCCAAACAAGGCUACAGCAGUUUCUACAACUACGGCUACAUUGGAGGUGCCAUUAUGGGUCACGAGAUGAUGCACGCAUACGAUAUCCAAUCUAUCAAUCGUAACGAGAAUGGUGUUCCAUCUCCUCUCUGGCUACCUGAUGACUUCCGCAAGUCCCACGAUUUGAAAAUGAAUUUGCUCCAAAACAUGUAUCAAAAGCAUUUCGAAAUAUUGGGCUACGAUCAUCUUAUGAAAUCAACAAAACAAGAAAAUUUUGCCGAUACUCAAGGGUUAAUACUUGCUUACAGGGCGUACCAGAAUGCAAAAAGGGAAGGGAAAACGGAACCCCGAAUCAGCAGCAUACCUGAUUUUAGUGACAACCAACUGUUCUUUCUAUCUUACGCUCAGGCAAGUAAUAUUCCAUCUUAG